GAUAACGAGGAAGAGCUUUGGGGGUUAUGCGCGAUUUUGGAGUGAGCGCGCAUUCUUUCUUUCCUCGGUAGAACCCUAGGUUUUCUUGGCGCUUGGCGAUCGGCGCGCUGGCUACCGAGGAAAUCGUCUCAGCUCAGGAUGGAUAAGAAUGUCAGGCGCAAUGUCGUCACGAAUGAGAUCAUUGAAUUGGAGCAUCUUCUGCUGGAAAGAUUGCAAUAUCGAACCGAGCGAUCGGGAAUUGGACUCACGAAUGUCUCGAUGCUACCGGAGCAAGAGUUAUGCCAGAAUUUGCUCGUGGAUGGAAAACCACAGGCUUUUGUUGAGCUCUUCACUAUCACAACCACCUUAAAAAUCGAUCCCACUCCCAAAGAAGAUGAAGAGGCUGGAAUUCUCAAUCCCAUUGCAGAAGCCCAGAAAACCCUUAAACGAAAGGAAACUCUAAGCAGUCUCAGUGAGAAUUUAGCAGCAGCAGAGCUUGCUUCCAGAAUUGAAGACCACGAGAAAGUUUUUGAAGCAAAUUCUGGAACUGGGGAAAUUUUUGAGAAGACUUGCUACUUUGAAAAAUCCAUUGAGUAUUAUUCUAGAAGCCUUGCUGCGGCGAUAAAAACCAAAAAUGACACUCAAAAGUCUCAGGCCAAGUUCAAUCUUGGUAAAAUUUACUGGAAGAUGCAUAAUAGCACCAAAGCAAUCGAGAACUAUGAGGAGUGCUUGCAACUCGCAAGAACAAUUAAAUACGACAAGCGCGUUGUGCAAGCUGCUAAAGAGCUUUUGGAGAUAUAUUGGCACUGCGCUGAGAGGUCUCGAGCGCUGCAAGACAUUACAGGAAGCAUCGAAUACUUUGAAAAGGCUAUUAUGAUGGCGGAGGCUUGCGGAAAUGAAUCAAUGGGUGCUGAAGCCAAAUACAACAUUGGAAUGUUGUAUGCAAAGCUACGGAAUCUGGAGAAGUCGCUAGACUAUCAGACGAAAUACCUCGAGUAUUCAUCACAGGCUGGAAACAAGGCUGGUGAAUGCAAAGCAAGGGCUUCCAUGGCUGAAGCUUUUGAAGUUUGCGGAGAUGUUUUAACAGCAGUCAGCCAUCUUGAGCUAUACCUUGAAGCAGCUGAAGACGUUGAUCUCACCACACAAGCGAGGGGUCACUGCUUGCUGGGAUUGCUCUACCAAAGACAACACGAACGCGACAUGGCAUUCGACCAGUUCCAGAGAUACUUUGCUCUGGCUCGCAUCAUCAAAGAGCCCGACCUGUUGGAUGUUGCGCGAGUCAACAUUGGCAUUGUUAAGGACGUUCACGAGUUGUAUUUUGGUGCAUCUGCGGGAUAGCUGUCUCUAACGAGCUCAAACUUUUCCAGAUCACUAUGAUCUAAAAUCUUAUUUAGACACCCGGGGAACUUUACGCUCCUGGAAGCUCAAGUUGGAACUUCACGAGGAACCUGGUACCCUGAGACAACAAAACAAAGUCGUUCUGAUCGCGGAGGUGAGCAAGCAAUCUUACCAGCGCAGGUGUAGUCGGGGGGAACAUUAAAGUUGACGUUGCAGCGCUUGGGAAUGGUGAGCGCGGUGGGGAUGUCCACAUUGUACUUCUGAGCGAGACUGCUCUGGACGCUAUCGCACAGGCACUUGGGAGUGAACUUCUUGAUGUUAGAACAGCAGGAUGUAGAUGGAGUCUUGGUAGCUCCACCCUUUUGCACGGCACUGAGGCAGGGCGCGAGCUGGAUCGUGUUGCAAGUCGCCCCUUCGCUCCUUGCGAUCGCGGCUAGAACAAGAACAGCGAGAACGAGAGCUACAAACUUCUCCAUUGCCAAAGGCUGGAAACAAAGUUACGGUGCCAAAGCUACUGCAUAGAAUUGUUCUCGGCCUCUUUGCUCUUGCUUACCUUGUUUGUCCCAGUGAUCGAGCCAUGGAAUGGAAGAGUGGGGGUCUUUUUAUA